AUGCUGCCGGACGCUGCUUCCGCUGACGCACUAGAGUGGCUCCUCGGCCCGGAGCACCCACCCGCCAUCUUCGCACGAGAUACGUGGGAGCGGAGGCCGCUCCUCGUGCGCCGCUCCGCCGACCGCAGCCACUUUGAUCGGCUGGGCUCCGGCUCUGCCUGCGACCCUUCACGGGUUCCGCUGCGUGACGUGGGCCAGCCUUCGCGCCUCUUCUCGCACGCCAGGCUGCGCCGGCUGCUACAGGAGCAUGGGCCGCUGCCCGCUGGCUCAUCCAUGCGAGUGGUUCGCUGCGCGAUCGGCGGGCAGGGAGGGCGCUCGGAGGCACAUCCGCCGGCUGGUGGCUACAGCGCCGCCUGGGUCUCCGAACAGCUGAAGGCGGGAUACACCGUGCAGCUCUUCAGGCCUCAGGUGUACUGCGACCGGCUGUGGACGCUGCUUGCAGCGCUCGAGUGCCGGUUUGGCGCCCUGUGCGGAGCGUCCGUCUACCUCACCCCGGCGGGCUCGCAAGGCCUCGCUCCGCACCACGACGACGUCGAGGUCUUCAUCCUGCAGACCGAGGGGCGCAAGACGUGGGCCGUCUACGCGCCGGAGCCCGGCAAUGAGCUGCCGCACCGCCCGUCUGGCGACUUGCCGCGCUCUCGCCUCGGCCGGAGGGUGCUUCGGGCGACCCUGCGGCCAGGCGACUUGCUCUACCUGCCUCGCGGCUUCGUGCACGAGGCGGCGUGCUCGGACAAGCACCGCUCGACGCACAUCACUGUCUCCACCUACCAGAGGCAGACCUACGCCGACGUCCUCGCGCCGCUGCUGCACAGCCUGCUCGGCACCGCCACAGAGGGGCGCGGCUCGCUCUCGCGCCAGCUGCGGGCUGGAUUGCCGCUCGGCUGCCUGCUCACGCCCCCGCCGGAGGAGGAGGCGGCCGACGCGCCGUGGGGAGGGGCGCGUGGCAGCGGAGAGGUUGGCGAAGUGGUCGCUCGCUCGCUGCGCGCGCUGCUGCGGCGUGCGACGCCGGCCGCCAUCGAGGAGGCGACGGAGGAGCUCGCAACGGACUUUUACUGCAACCGGCUCCCGCCGCCAGCCCUCGCCCCGCCGCCGCACGGCCCUCCGCCCGCGGGUGGCUCGCGCACGCUCCUCCGCCUCUGCGACCCUGCGCACCGCCGGCUGGUGCGGGGCGGAGGCUUUGUGCAGCUGCAGCACUGUGUGGGCAACGCUCGCGAGGACCACAUGAGGCUCACAUUCCCCCCCGAGGCAGCUCCAGCGCUCCUUCAGCUCACAGCGUCGUACCCGCAGUGGCUGGCGCGCGAGGACGUGGUGGAAGGAUCCUCGGCCGUCGUCGAGCAGAUGCUCGCCGGUUGCUGGGCGGAGGGCGUGCUCGAGACGCGCGCAGAGCCGCACCCGCCGCUCACGUCGAGGGGCGCGGGCAAGAAGAAGCGCGCACGAGGCAGCGGCGGCACCAUGCGUGUCGCGCAUGACAAACGAGCGCGUCCUGCCCUCACUAACGCCCCCCGGGAUUGA